UCGGUCGUGUUUUUCGUUUCGUUCGCUCGACUCGCGAUCCCCGCGAAUCAUUCCUUCGAUAUCAAGAAAAGGCAAAAACGGGCGUGUGUGAACCUUUAUUCGAUUUCAGCCAGAUGAAUUUUCUGAUCAAUUUGGUGUCUUCGGCAAAGUGAAAAACAAAACGGCGUUCAGCACCGACACUCAGAGUUUUGCAUCCCAAACCCGUCUUGUACAUACAAACGGAUGGACUCCGGUGGGCCUUCAAGUCAUGCACCUGAUCAUAUCAGUCACGCAGGUGCUGUCCCAAUCCGGACUCAACACGGAGUGCAGUAGCCCGCCGUCGUUCAUCCUGACUGUACUAAUUGGGUGAAAGUUUUGUGUGAGUUCGCGUGCUGAAAAGAAAGUGAACGUUCGAGGAAUAAAAGCAAAACCCACACGCAGGACAAACAGUUUCAUGAUUUGAGCUACUUCACGAUGGCGGGUUUGUGGGCAAUGAUCAAACAGUCUACGCUGGUGCAUUUGUGCUUUGCGAUAUCGUACUUCACCUCCGGGCUGGUCAUCAACACCGUCCAGUGCAUUCUGUACUUUGGACUGAAGCCAUUCAACAAGCGGUUGUACAGGAAAAUUGGAUACUAUCUGUGCUACUCGUUCUACAGCCAGCUGGUCUUCCUGGCCGAUUGGUGGUCCGGAUCGACGCUGUACGUUUACAUCAGCGAUGAAGAUUUGAAGUACUGCGGCAAGGAGCACGUGCUGCUGUUGAUGAACCACACGUACGAGAUUGACUGGCUCGUCGGAUGGGUAUUUUGCGAAAAGGUGGGCGUCCUUGGCAACUGCAAGGCGUACGCCAAGAAGGUCAUCCAGUACAUCCCAACCAUCGGCUGGGCGUGGAAAUUUGCCGAGUUCGUGUUCCUGGAGCGAUCCUUCGACAAGGACAAGGAAAUCAUCGGCCGUCAGAUCAAGGAAAUCAUGGACUAUCCCGAUCCGGUGUGGCUACUGCUGAACGCCGAAGGAACUCGCUUCACCGAAAAGAAGCACGAAGCGUCGGUCAAAUUUGCCCGCGAUCGAGGCAUGGUCGAACUGAAGCACCACCUCAUCCCACGCACAAAAGGAUUCACCGCGAGUCUGCCCAAUCUGCGUGGCCGUAGCUCCGUCCUGGACAUUCAGCUCGGCAUCGCCAAGGACUCCCCCGUAAAGCCCACCAUUUUCAACAUCCUGAACGGAAAACCCAUCACCGCGCACAUGCACGUCCGGCGAAUUCCCACCGAGUCGCUGCCCGAAGCAGAAGAAGCGGCCGCCGAGUGGGUCCAGGAGCUGUUCCGCCAGAAGGAUCGCAUGCAGGAAAGUUUCCACACCCACGGGGACUUUUUCACCGGGUCGGACGUGCCGCGGAAGCACGCCAUCAAGAUGCAGCCCCGGUUGCACACCCUCGUCAACAUGGUGGCCUGGAACGUGGUGACGGUGAUUCCGAUGAUGUACGCGCUGGCGCAAUCGCUGCUCGACGGGCAGUACAUGUACUUUUCGAUCGGGGCGUCGACGCUGCUGGCGUUCUACCUGCUGAUGGUGAAGGCGAUCGGCAUGUCCAAGAUCAGCAAGGCGUCCUCGUACGGAUCAGAGCGGAAGGCGAACGGCCAUCCAUCGUCGCCGGCCCACCACAACGGCGACGCAGAGACGACCAAAACUAAGUAGAGGGAGGGGAGGACCCCGGAAACCCAACCACCCAGAGCGUGUUGUGUUUUAUCGUGACUGUGAGUUUGUAUUUAUGUCGUGUCGAUGUCGUCUUUAACAUGUUUUUUUCCAAAAAGGGGAAAUUUUCUUCCUUCUCCAUGAAAAUGGUCUCCCCGCAGUAGGUUAGAUAUUUUGGUUUUUUUCCCCCUAACCCUUAGAACGUCCCACCUUAAACAGAGCAACAUUUUUUGGAGAACAUUUUUGCUCUAAGCAAACAACUACUACAAAACACCUUUUUGCGGGAACAAAGCCUUCCGAUAGAUGAAAAACAAAACAAAAGCACAGCAUACCGCCAACACACAACACUCACCACCACCAACAACAUGGAAAGCCAAAUUUUUGCUAUAAACUUUUAUAUUGAACUUUUUAAAACAAAGGUGAUUGCGCAUUGACUCAAAGAAAAGCUUCGAGGCGUGUUGUUUCGAAAGGCGCGGUCAGAUUAGGUUUUUUUUCGUGUCCAAAACGACUGCAAAGAAUUUAGCGUGUAGAAUUGGAUGUAAAUCGUUGUUAUACUACUUGUUCAUGUCCAUCCCACUUAUAUAAAUAUUGAAUUUUUCCCUAUACAGACAGACAAAAACUAGAAAACCAAAAUUGUUUUGGAAAGUACGUGUAACGGAAUCGGAAACCUGUGAAGAGAAGAGAACAAUACCUAUUUAUUAACACCUUUUUUCGGUGCUAAAAAAAGAGAGCGCAAAAGCUGUACUUUACACACAACCCAACGAAGAAGGAAAUUAAAGCCGGGAAAUGCUAAAGGCCCGUACUAAUAGGAGAUAUUAAAAAGGAAGAUUGCGGGAGAGAUUUUAGAGAGUGUUGUACACAAAUCGCAGAUUGCACAAAACCAGCGUGAAUUUAUGCGACACAACUCAGUACAAAUUUUACCACGUUUCGAACGAUUUAUUGGUUACUCUCUCACACAAACACACAUACACACUCAUACAGCUGAAAUAAUUUCAUUCAACUCAAACACGCGUUGAACGUAACCACGAUAUGUUAACCAAGUUGAACAUUAUUAUCUUAUUAGUUUAAGUGCGUUGU